AUGGCGACUGCUUCAGCAUCGCGCGGAUUCAUGGCCAUCCUCGCUAUUAUCUCCCUCGUUUUCGCCGGGUCUUGCGCGGCUAUCGUCAAUGCGUCGCCGUUAGCAACCGUGGAAGCAGCAAAGACUCUCGCAGUUCCUGCGGAAGACGGCUCCUACGGCAGUUUGAAGGAGACCUUUCAGGCAGUCAAGCUGCUGAGCGUCGUCUCGAAAUCGUCGCUCGACUCGGCCAAGCUCUGUGCGUGGCUGAAGAAGCUUCCAGCCGCCACGUCAGCGGAGGAGGCUUUCCAGAAGGUGUCAAUCGCCGCUGCGCUUGGGUGCAAGGGCGCCAGCGCCGUUGUCAAGGAAGCGGAGCCCCUCUUCUCGACAGCAGCAUCCUCGUCGUCCCUCGACCAGCUGUUCUACGCUGCAGCCGGCAUACAGAUCCUCAAGGCCAACAAGUGGAGCACUGGGUCCGUGCCUUCAGGCCUCAAGAAGGCUGCUGCUGCUAUCCUCGCACUGAAGCAGGCGGAUGGCACGUGGGCGACGGGGAAGGACGGCCAGGGGUCCGUGGCUGCUGCGGGCGUGGCUCUCGAGGCGCUGGCUGCACUCAAGGAGCUGGGUCUGGUGGACGAGAAGCAGGUGUCUGCGGUUACAGAUGCUGUUGGCUCGCUCUUCUCUCUCCUCACAACUGACUCCGAUCCUAGCGGCAACGCCGUCUCGUUCUUCUCGGCCUCCCCCGCGGAGGGCGGGGCUCUCGUCGCCACCGCGUCAGCAAUCACGGGCUACCUCGCGCUCGCCUCCACCCUCGCCUCCCCGCUCGCCGUGCGCCCCCCCAAGGUGGCGGAGGCGGGGCGCUAUCUGGUGGCGGCGUUGCCCCUCUCCCUUGCGGAGGCCGCUGCCUGGGCUGAGGCCCUCGCAGUGCUUGAUAACAACCCCAUCUUUGUGCCCAUCUUCCUCUCGUCUCCUGGCCACAUCUCCAUCUCUGCAGACCCCACGCUCACUGUGAGUGUGACAACAGCGCUGGGAGGGAAGGUGCCAGGCGUGGCAGUGAAGCUGCAGAGUGCCACUAUCGGGGGCGGCAGUGCUGCAUCCGGCAAGGAGCUGGCCACAGGCAAGGACGGCAUCUCCUUCUCUGCCAAGCCCUUCUCUAAGGCCUCCACCCUGGGAGUGUACACGCUCAAGUUCAAGAUCACCCCCCCUGCAGAAUCAGCCUUCAUUGUCGGCAGCGCUUCAGUGGAGCGCCCACUGCUGCUCUCCGCGGCCAUGGCAGUCACUCAAUCACCUGUGCCUGCUUCUCUCCUUCCCACCCUCCUUCUCCUACUGCUCUUGCGCUUUCCUCGCUCCCAGAUCACCCCCCCUGCGGAAUCGGCCUUCAUUGUCGGCAGCGUUUCAGUGGAGCGCCCACUGCUGCUCUCCGCGGCCAUGGCAGUCACUCAAUCACCUGUGCCUGCUUCUCUCCUUCCCACCCUCCUUCUCCUACUGCUCUUGCGCUUUCCUCGCUCCCAGAUCACCCCCCCUGCGGAAUCGGCCUUCAUUGUCGGCAGCGUUUCAGUGGAGCGCCCACUGCUGCUCUCCGCGGCCAUGGCAGUCACUCAAUCACCUGUGCCUGCUUCUCUCCUUCCCACCCUCCUUCUCCUACUGCUCUUGCGCUUUCCUCGCUCCCAGAUCACCCCCCCUGCGGAAUCGGCCUUCAUUGUCGGCAGCGCUUCAGUGGAGCGCCCACUGCUGCUCUCCGCGGCCAUGGCAGUCACUCAAUCACCUCGCUUCAGUGGAGCGCCCACUGCUGCUCUCCGCGGCCAUGGCAGUCACUCAAUCACCUAUGCCUGCUUCUCUCCUUCCCACCCUCCUUCUCCUACUGCUCUUGCGCUUUCCUCGCUCCCAGAUCACCCCCCCUGCGGAAUCCGCCUUCAUUGUCGGCAGCGCUUCAGUGGAGCGCCCACUGCUGCUCUCCGCGGCCAUGGCAGUCACUCAAUCACCUGUGCCUGCUUCUCUCCUUCCCACCCUCCUUCUCCUACUGCUCUUGCGCUUUCCUCGCUCCCAGAUCACCCCCCUGCGGAAUCGGCCUUCAUUGUCGGCAGUGCAUCGGUGGAGCGCCCUCUGCUGCUCUCUGCCUCCAUGGCAGUCACGGGCAUGUCUGUGGCUGUGCUGGACAGUGAUGGCGCCACUCCUGAAGCCGAGAAGAAGCUGGACUUUGAGAAGAGGACAAACUUCACCGACCUGUCUGCCACCCACCUGCAGAAGCUGCGCGUGUCUCUCUCUCUCUCUACACCCUCGGGGAAGGCCUUCGUUCCCCACCAGGCCGUGCUGCAGCUGGUGAACAGCAUCGGAAUGGCCUACUCCUUCCUUCUCAAACAAUCUGGCAGCACCCUCUCAGUUCAGCUCGAGCUACUGGAGCUGAUGGAGCGCCUGUUCUACCACUCGGGCGAGUACACUCUGAAACUGAUCAUCGGCGAUCAAGUCAUGGAUAACGCGUUUGACUGGCAGCUGGGCUCUGUUGACCUCGACCUGCCUGUUGCCCCUGAGACUGCCCCCAAGCUGCCCGCCCGCCCUGAGUCUCUGGCUGAGAGAUUCGCUGCCAAGCCCGAGAUUGCGCAUAUCUUCCGCAAGCCGGACCCCCGGCCAGCGUUCGUCGUCUCGUACUCGUUUGUGGCGCUCGUGCUGCUGCCGCUUGUGGUGCUGCUCGUGGGGCUGGCAGUGCUAGGAGUGAACCUCAAGGCCUUUCCCUCCGCGGGUGUGCCUCUUCUCUCAGCUCUGGCCUUCCAUGGGGGAAUCGCCGCUCUUCUGCUUCUCUACGUCGCUUUCUGGGUGCAGGUGAAUCUGUUCACCACUCUCAAGCUCAUCCUUCUCCUUGCUGUGCUCACAGCUAUUCCCGGCCACCAAGUUCUCUCCUACCUUGCUGACGUGGCACCUAAGGCCAAAACGGAAUGA